AUGGAACGAAAAACAACGCCGACUCCGCCUAUCGCACUUGUCGCUACUACUCCAUUGGCAAGAUCGCCCCAAUUGUACUGGUUUUUAGGACAUGCGGCCAGUAUCGUGUGCUUCAUUUCAUGGCAAGUCUUUGGCUUCUUCAGCAAAAAACAGGCCCAGCGAUUUUCAAGACUCACCCUUAUCUUUCAAUUGGUCAGCUACGGAAUUGUGAUCCGCCAGUCUGUUUCGGUGCCACGGGCAAACAAGCUUCAGCUUUUGCGCAAUGAAAACGUGCAAUACUUCGCCUUUGCGGCCGUGCUCCUACUUUCCAGCGGUCAAUUGAGCCCCUGGACCAAAGCAACAAUGCCCUUUAUUGUAUACUCUUUUUUCCACUCCAUCACCUACUUUCAGAAACAUCUCUUGAACCAGAUGCCCAUGUCUAUUCACACCCAAGCUGCUGUCAGCGACCGGAUCACAUAUAUCGCGUCAAACUUUAAUCUCCAGGCAUUAUAUUUUGCCUCUCUCAGCGAGUUCAUGUUGAUUUCCGACAUUGCGCUUGGGCUUCCCGGCUUGGUUUUCUCGGUGUUCAGAUAUCCCCUGUAUGUGUUGUUUUUUGGCCUCCGGUCGCUUGCGGUAUUGGUGUUUUUGAAGUUGCGUUACGACGAGUCCACUUAUUCUAGGCAGGCCGUGGAGCAACUUGACGCUAGAGUUGGGGCAAUGUUGAACAGCGCAAUGGUGCCGCCGCAAUUGCGUGCCAUCUACUAUGGCCCUGUGAGAACAAGCAUUGCGAGAUUUGCCGGCAUGGUGCUGGUCCCUAGAAUCACUUCGCAGAAGAAAAGCCAGUGA